AUGUUCAAGAAGAUCAAUAAUGUGUUCCGUCCCAACCAUCCCGGACACAGAGGGCAGGAUGGUGGUGGUGGUGUUGAAUUACGGUCCAAGCAGGACUACCACAACGCCUGCACCAUCAGGCUGGUCCGCAGCACCUCCAUGCUCGUGGUGGGUGAGAAAACUCACACAGCCGUGGGCUCAACUUUAAAACGGAGCAAAAGCACAGUAAGCAUCGAGUCGACCUUGUACUAUUAUCAGAGACAAGAGGACAGGAUAUGGCUAUACUCUCAGAAUCAGAACUGCCUGGAGUACCUUGAAGCACUCGUGGCUCUGAGACGUCAAUACACAAAGAGUGUGAGUGACUUGAAAAGUCACGACACCAAGGCCACAGUGUCUUCCAAGAAGAAGCCUGCACCUCCGCCACCUACAAAGGAAGAGCCGAUAUCAAGAGCCAAACCCUCUGCACCUCCAGUCCCCAGCGAGGAGGACACUCUGCAGUUCUUUGAUGCGGUCAUCGCAGGCUGUGACAGCGAACCUCUGCGCAAACCGUACAUGGAUGAUGGACAUGCAGACGUGGACUUCAUAGUGGCCUCCAGCUCAGCCGAACACGACCUCCACUCCAACUGGGUCUUGCGGGUUCCUCGGGUCGCAGAUGACUCCAAGCAGAAAGCAGUUCAGGAUUGUGCCAAUGAACGCGCCCCAAAGAAGAAGAACCAGAGCGGGUCCACGAGCAGCAGACUGCGGCUGCAGAGGAACCCGAUCCAUCUGCCCAAAGUGGUGGAGAGUGCAUUCCAGACACUGCGCUUCAAGCCCAAAUUAAAAAAGCAAUGAAGCUUGAAAGACAUUUGAAACCACCAGCACUGCCACGCUGUUGACGUAGAGCUCAACCUAGUUUGUAUGAUCUGCUAAAACUCCAU